GCAGGAAGUGAAAAUAUGUUGUUGUUGCUCACAGAUAGGAAGUGUAACCCGAGCCUUCUGGGCAUCAUCGGAUUGAACAGCACCAGCCCCGCGGGGCAGGGCCAUGUGGUGCAGUGGUGGGACGCCCAGGGGAUUGUGGGAUUGAUCCUUUUCCUCAUGUGUGUCCUGUACUCCAGUAUCCGUAACUCGUCCAACGCCCAGGUGAACAAGCUGACCCUCACCAGUGAUGAGUCGGCCCUGAUCGAGGAAGGGCCGCAGGCUGACAGCUUUGAGGAGGGGGGAGUGAACCGGGCUGUGGACAACGAGAAGGAUGGAGUCACGUACUCCUACUCCUUCUUCCACUUCAUGCUGUUCCUGGCCUCCCUCUACAUCAUGAUGACGCUCACCAACUGGUACAGUCCUGACUCUAACUACGAGGCCAUGACCAGCAAGUGGCCCUCAGUGUGGGUGAAGAUCUCCUCCAGCUGGAUCUGCAUCGCCCUCUAUGUGUGGACGCUGGUGGCUCCUCUGGUUCUGGUCAACAGAGACUUUGACUGAAGCACCCACUGCACUGCCCCCCCCCGAAACCCCCAUCAUGCCCUGCUUCAGUGUUAGUUCAGUAGGACAGUAGGUAGUCCAGCAUGCAUCAGUGCAGCUGGGGGUGCUCCUCUGCUGACCCACGCUCUGAUGUACUGCUCCCCAUGCUGUUGCCAUUGUAAAUAGUUUUCAGAGCUGCAUGCGUUUCCUUUAAAGCUGAUGUGACAUUAACAGUAGCUGUAGUGUGUAACAGUGAACUCUGACUGCAGUAUUACUAAUGGGAAUGCCACUACAUGUAAACCAAGUUAGAUGGUGGUGUGUAUGAGCAGAACUCCAGCUGUGGAUCACUGUAACUAACUUGCACCAUGUGCAGUGUUGUGUGUCUGCAGCUUGCACAAUCACAACAAAGGCAUUCCUGCUUCGUGUUACAUUUGGACUUUAAAUGUAAAAUGGUUGUUAUUUGGUAGUGUUAGCAUUAGCAUGUAGUUUCUCAUGUACCUAGCAGGCACAUUGUGUGUACAUUUGUAUGAUUGUCUCACCUGUGCUUUUAUCCUAAUAUAAUUUUUCUCUUGACAUGUAAAAGUAUAUUGUAUGCAGUUUAAUAAAACUGAGUAAGAGCA